CGUGCCUAAACACACAUUUCCAAAAGCUCCUGUUGAAUGUCACAGCCUGUCCCUUGACCAAACCAGGAAGUAAAAAUAUUGUAUCCCAGUCUUCUUUAACUAAGAAACAGCGGAUGGACAGCAACAUUAAAAAUCACGAAUAAUACAGCAGAACUUCGCGGACGCUUGCUUGCUUUGCAUUACUAGUAUGAAUGACGCGCGUCCGUGUGCGUGUUGCAGGGGUCUCUAGUCUAAAUCAACACACUACUACAAUGUCGUCGAUCCAGAGCGAAUGGAUGCUGACAGGCGCCACUGUUGCCGGUGUCGCGGCGCUGUACCUGCCCUGCGUUCAGAGGGCUGUCCCCGGCGGAGACUCAGGAGAGCUGAUCACCGCUGCUUGUGAGCUGGGGGUGGCCCACCCGCCAGGCUACCCUCUCUUCACCCUGCUGACCCGCCUGGCCCUGGCCCUGCUACCCUCCCUGUCUCCUGCCCACGCUGCCAACCUGCUCAGCGCCCUGAUGGGGGCGGGGGCCAGCGGGGCCCUCUGCUACACCGUCUGCAGGUUGUCAGGCCCAGGCCCAGGAGCAGUGCUGGCUGGGGGGGUGUUCGCAGUGUCUCGGCUCAGCUGGCAGUGGUCCAUGGUGGCCGAGGUCUUCUCCCUCAACAACUUCUUCGUGGGCCUCCUGUUCUCCCUGACUGCCCGCUUCCACGGCGCUGACAGCGCCCCCCAGAGGAGUAAGUUUGCCCAUUGGGGGGCGCUGUGCUGUGGGCUGGCUCUGUGUAACCAGCACACCAUGGUGCUGUACGUCCUGGUUAUAGUCCCCUGGGUCCUGCUUCGACUCUACUCACAUAAGGAGCUGACUGUGGGAGGGCUGGCGUCCCUGGGGCUGUGCGUCCUGGUGGGGCUCCUGCCCUACGUGUACUUGCCCCUCUCCUCCCUCCUCAACACGGCUCGCUGGAGCUGGGGCGACCAGACCGCCCUCCCAGGCCUGCUCACACACCUGCUGAGGGCAGAGUACGGCACCUUCAGCCUGGCGAAGACGGAUGUGCCUGUGAACCUGACCGCCAUGCUGCAGGCUCAGCUGAACCACUGUGUAGCAGACCUGUCCCUCCCUGUCCUGGUUCUGUCUGGCUUGGGCCUUCAACUCUCCUCAUGGGACAAGGGGCGCUGUGAGGUGUCCUGGUUGCUGGCCUGCAUGCUGCUGCUCUACUCUCUCUUCUUCUCCUGGAGGGCCAACCUGGACAUCAGCCGGCCCCUGCUGCUGGGCGUGGUUGAGCGGUUCUGGCUGCAGAGCGAUGCUGUGGUGUGCGUGCUGGCAGGCCUCGGCUUGAACCGGAGCCAGCAAGGCCUGGAAAGGAGGCUGGGCGGGAGGCUGGGCGGGAGGCUGGGCGGGAGGGGCCUCUGGGGGGCCGCUGCCUGGAUCCUCACCGCAGGCCUCCUGACUCGCAUGGCGCUCUCCAACUACAGGGAGUGUGACCAAAGCAGGAACAGUGUGGUGGAGAGGUUCGGCCUGGAGGUCCUGGCUUCGGCUCCUCCAGACUCCAUCAUCCUGACCCGGGGGGACCUCCCAGGGAACACCCUGCGCUACCUGCACUACUGCCAGGCCCUCCGGCCGGACGUACGGCUGGUGGACCAGGAGAUGAUGACGUACAGCUGGUACGUUCCCAGGUUAGGACCUCACCUCACGGGUGUUCGAUUCCCCGGCCGCUGGUGGGACCUUGCCGAUGACGAGGCCUUCAACCUGGAGCAGUUCCUCUCCUCCAACACACAGAGGCCUGUGCUGGCCUGCAUCGGGCUGCCUGAAGGGGACCGCAGCUGGGAGAGGAGCUUCUCCCGCUGGCCCCUGGGUGUGUGUGACCACCUGGUUCCCUCCCGGCAGCACCUCCGCCCGGAGGACUGGGCCCGCCGCACACGCAACCUCUACAACUGGAGCGAGCCUCACAACAGUUUCCAUCCUGGGUCCUGGGAGCAAGUAGCCAAUGAGGAGAUGUGGCAGGCCAGGAUGAAGACGGCGUUCUUCCUGUUCGACGUGGCGGAGGGGGUGCAGGGGGAGAUGCAGGCUCUGCUGUUUGAGCUCUCCUACACUCUGUAUAAGGAGAUAGUGGAGGCCUAUGAGGACUAUCCCUCUAACUGGGAUAAGAACCUGGGGCUGGCCUGUGAGCGGCUGCUUCGGUCUGGUGGGCGGGGCCACAGCCCGGACGCCCUGCUGACCUGCAGCCUGCAGCACUUCAGACUGUACCUGCAGAAGGAGCCCUCAGACCUGCAGGCACCCGCCAUCCACACUGCCAUCACACACCUGCUCCAGGAGAGAGACCGUCUGAGGGCCACAUCCCGCCCGUGAGGCCAGGGGGGUCCAGCCAGGGCAGAGGCAGGGGGAGGCUGGGGCAGAGGCAUGGCAGGGGGGGAGGCAGGUCUCUUCAGACAAGGUGACAGCACAGAGCCCUGGACAUGGAUGAGAUUCUUCUGUCACAACUGGAAACGUUCUUCGGGUCACCCAGACCUUUUUUGGUACUCAUGACACUAUUGGUGGUUCCCACGGAGACGGGACUCUGCUUUUACAGCCCGGUGUGAUCUGAAUCGACCUGUUCAUUUCUCCUCAGAAACACUCACUUCCUUUCAUUCGCUCAGUCAGUCUUAUCUCUGCACCCCUCCCCUCAGAAACACUCUUUUCACUUUCCUGUUGUUCGCUCGCUCAAUCAGUGUAUCUCUGGAUCUCUCUCUCCCUGGCUGUCUGGCUGUCUGGCGUCUCACGUGGUGAUCAUGUGGCCUCCAGCCGCCCCCCUCCUGUCCUCCUCACAGGAGAACGGCAGGGGCUGGGAUUGAGGGAAACCCAAUUCGGGGGCAGAAAUGAGGGAUUAGAGCGUCCGCUUAAUCUGGGACAGACUUGUGCAACGCUGCCACAGGCUCUGUACCCAACCCUGGCCACCAGCCACCCUCCAUCCAGCUCUCCCUCUACAUCCAUCUUUCUUUCCAUCCAUCUAUCUUUAUCCAUCAAUCUUUCAUCCAUCCAUCUUUCUAUCUAUCCAUCCCUGAUGGUCCUUUAAACAUUAAAAACUAAUGGAGCUUUCCCCUCCUUCCUUACAGCAGUGCUAUAAUCCCUCGUGGAUUUAAAUGAAAUAUGAAAUGUCACAAUGCCAGAAACCCUUUUAGAGAGGUGUGUGUGUGUGUGUUAGGGCUUGGGUGCUCUCCCUCUCUCUCUCUCUCUCUCUCUCACACACACACACACACACACACACACACACACACACUGCACGGUGGAAUGCUUUGCUUUCAUGUCCAGGAAAGCGGUCCCUAGCGACACAGAGUCACGCAUCCAUUCAGAGAAAAACAAACGCAAGCAUGCAAGAACCUCAAGCAGAGGACAGGCCCCUGAACAGACCCCGAUACACGGUGUGUGUGUGUGUGUAGCAGAGGACAGGCCCCUGAACAGACCCCGAUACACGGUGUGUGUGUGGAGGGGGAACCACAGGAAGGAACCACAUCUUUAGAUGUUAGACUUCUCUUCUACUCCUCCUUCUAACCCUUUCGUCCUUUCCAUUGUCAGUAAACCUACGUUUGGCUAAAACCUUUGUUUACCACUGGAUAUCUAUGAAAGAGCAUGUGGCAUUUGGGCACCUUGCGUGUGUAUCAAGGUCCUGUCUCUAGGGUCUCUGCUGCCUCCCAGACCAGGCCGAUGUGGUGUCUUCUCACUGCUGAUGGUUGAGAGAGCGAUGCAGAGCUGAGGAUGCUGUGGUGUCGGCUCUAUGUAUGAGGAUUUUUCUCUCCCGUAAAAGAAAGUGUUACUGCUUUCUGAAAAUUUAAAUACUGUAAUAAAUAUUCCUCUUUUUCUGUAAAAA